GCCGCCGCCGCCGCCCCGCCCGCCCCCUGCGCGCCCCGAGCCCGGGGGAGGGGGCUCCGGCGCCCCCCGCUCCUUCCCCGCGUCCUGGGGGGCGCUCGGGGGGCGCCGAGGACUCCGGGGUCCCCGGGCCGCCGCCGUCCCCCCGCUUCUUCUUUCUCCGGGCAAUUUCCCUCCCCCCCCAAUACCCCCCUCCAGCCUCGGGGCUCCCCCCACCUCCCGAUAUUGUCAAGCUCCGGCGGCCUGGGGGUGCCUGUGGGAUCGGCAGGAUGUACCCCCAGGGGAGGCACCCGACCCCGCUGCAGUCGGGCCAGCCCUUCAAGUUCUCGAUCCUGGAGAUCUGCGACCGGAUCAAAGAGGAAUUCCAGUUUCUCCAGGCUCAGUACCACAGCCUCAAGCUGGAGUGUGAGAAGCUGGCUAGCGAGAAGACGGAAAUGCAGCGACAUUAUGUCAUGUACUACGAGAUGUCCUAUGGACUUAACAUUGAGAUGCAUAAGCAGGCUGAGAUUGUGAAACGCCUCAGUGGAAUCUGUGCCCAGAUUAUUCCCUUCCUGACCCAGGAGCACCAGCAGCAGGUGCUGCAGGCUGUAGAGCGAGCCAAGCAGGUCACUGUCGGGGAGCUGAACAGCCUCAUUGGGCAGCAGCAGCUCCAGCCGCUGUCCCACCAUGCUCCCCCGGUACCCCUCACCCCUCGCCCAGCUGGGCUGGUGGGGGGCAGCGCCACGGGCCUGCUCACCCUGUCCGGAGCACUGGCAGCCCAGGCGCAGCUGGCGGCUGCCGCGAAGGAGGAGCGGGCUGGCGUGGAGGCCGAGGGGGCCCGAGUGGAGAGAGCCCCAAGCCGGAGCGUGUCACCCUCACCCCCCGAAAGUCUGGUGGAGGAGGAGAGACCCGGUGGUCCAGGAGGCAACGGGAAGCAGAGAGCAGAAGAGAAGGAACUUUCAGUGCCCUAUGAGAGCGACGAAGACAAGAGUGACUACAACUUGGUGGUGGAUGAGGACCAGCCCUCGGAGCCCCCGAGCCCGGCCACCACCCCCUGUGGCAAGGCCUCUAUCUGCGUCCCCACCCGGCGGGACCUGGUGGACAGCCCGGCCUCCUUGGCUUCCAGCCUUGGCUCCCCGCUCCCCAGAGCCAAGGAACUCGCCAUGAACGAUCUUCCCGCCAGCACCCCAGCCUCCAAGUCCUGUGACUCUUCCCCACCCCAGGAUGCCUCCACCCCCGGGCCCAGCUCAGCCAGUCACCUCCGCCCACUCACUGCCAAACCUACGCCAUCCACGGACAGUGUUGCUCUGAGGAGCCCCCUGAGCCUGUCCAGCCCCUUCACCACAUCCUUCAGCCUGGGUUCCCACAGCACCCUCAACGGGGACCUCUCCAUGCCCAGCUCCUACGUCAGCCUCCAUCUGUCCCCCCAGGUCAGCGGCUCUGUGGUGUAUGGACGUUCCCCCAUGAUGGCUUUUGAAUCGCACCCACAUCUCCGCAGCUCGUCCAUCUCUUCCUCGCUGCCCAGCAUCCCUGGGGGAAAGCCGGCCUACUCCUUCCACGUGUCUGCCGAUGGGCAGAUGCAGCCCGUGCCCUUCCCCUCGGACGCCCUGGUGGGCGCAGGCAUCCCGCGGCACGCCCGGCAGCUGCACACGCUGGCGCACGGCGAGGUGGUCUGCGCCGUCACCAUCAGCGGCUCCACGCAGCACGUGUACACGGGCGGCAAGGGCUGCGUGAAGGUGUGGGACGUGGGCCAGCCCGGCGCCAAAACCCCCGUGGCCCAGCUUGACUGCCUGAACCGGGACAACUACAUCCGCUCCUGCAAGCUGCUGCCCGACGGCCGGAGUCUGAUCGUGGGCGGCGAGGCCAGCACCCUGUCCAUCUGGGACCUGGCGGCGCCCACCCCCCGCAUCAAGGCCGAGCUGACCUCCUCGGCCCCCGCCUGCUACGCCCUGGCAGUCAGCCCUGACGCCAAGGUCUGCUUUUCUUGCUGCAGCGACGGCAACAUCGUGGUCUGGGACCUGCAGAACCAGACCAUGGUCAGGCAGUUCCAGGGCCACACGGAUGGUGCCAGCUGCAUCGACAUUUCUGAUUACGGCACCCGGCUGUGGACAGGGGGCCUGGACAACACUGUGCGCUGCUGGGACCUGCGGGAGGGCCGCCAGCUGCAGCAGCACGACUUUAGCUCCCAGAUUUUUUCCCUGGGCCAUUGCCCUAACCAGGACUGGUUAGCUGUGGGCAUGGAAAGCAGCAAUGUGGAGAUAUUGCACGUCCGAAAGCCGGAGAAAUAUCAGCUGCACCUCCAUGAGAGCUGUGUGCUCUCCCUCAAGUUCGCCUCCUGCGGGCGGUGGUUCGUGAGCACCGGGAAGGACAAUCUGCUUAAUGCCUGGAGGACGCCGUACGGAGCCAGCAUUUUCCAGUCCAAGGAAUCCUCCUCCGUCCUGAGCUGUGACAUCUCCGGGAAUAACAAAUACAUCGUGACAGGCUCGGGGGACAAGAAGGCCACCGUGUAUGAGGUGGUCUACUGAGAACCCCCCCCUCUUCCUGCCACACGAGCUCGACUCCUGGGGGAGAGACUUGGGGUUCAGAGACCCCCGGCAGCCCCCUCUCAGCCAUACCUCUGAGCGCUACAUUCCAUCUGCUCUCUUUCUGGCGCCUUCCCAUCUUCCCCUGCGGCUGUGAGGACAGAUGGGUGGGGGCGGGGCUUUGGGGAAAUAAAUGUAUUUAUCACAA